UUAGAGUUGGAGGUCAGAGUGAGUGUCAGUGAGAAACAGCUGAAAGAUCUGAAGACAGAAAACACAGAGUUGGAGGUCAGACUGGUUGCGAGUGAGAAACUGCUGGAAGAUCUGAAGACAGAAAACACAGUUUUGAGCUUCAGACUGAAUGAAACUGAUGAUAGUCUGCAGCAGUUCAUAAACACCAACUCAGAUGAGUUGAAGGUGGCGUUCUCAGCCGGACUGACUGAUUCAGGAUCAGUCGGACCGUUCGACCAGGAGACGACGCUGAUCUUCUCCAAAACCAUCACCAACAUCGGCCAAGCCUACAACCAGACUGCAGGUGUGUUCACGGCUCCUGUCAGAGGACUUUACUUCUUCAGCUUCACGGCUGCAGAUUACCUGGAAGGUUACAUGGGUCUCUACCUGUACAGGAACAACCAGCCAAUCAUCUUCAACCUGGACCUUAACGACCAUGGCGGCUACGCUUCCACGUCCAACGGCGUGGCUCUGCAGCUGGAAGAGGGCGACGCGGUCCGCCUCAGUCUGCCGGCCAGCUACCGGCUCUAUGACGACUCCCGAAACUUCAGCGUCUUCUCCGGCUUCCUGCUUUUCCCCCUCUGA